AUGUCUUCGCGGGCGGAAUACGGCGCACCAGAGACGUCCGGUUGCGCACUUCCCCGUACACUUCACAGGUCGCUGGGCGGUGAACCCCCACCCGACUACGGUUACUUCCACGGUCCCAUCCCGAACCCAAACCCCACUUGGCGCCCACACCCGGACCCCCGCACACCUGUGACCACCGCGGACAACGAGAAUGCCCCAACUCCUGGUUCAAGACUGUCAGGUAUUAAUAGCAUGGUAUGCGACAUCGCAGUCAAUGGCAACCAAAUCUUCGCCGCCACAUCCGGAACGCCCAUCCCGGUGCCAGCUAAGCGCAUUGCGGGUGAAAACGAUGGAUCCUUAGCAGACGUGGAGAACUGCCCGUUACGUGAAGGAGCCUGGGGUCCUAUGUACGGUAUUAUUCAGGAUUACUGUAACUUCCUUGAGCAGCUGGCCCAGGAAGAUAACAAUUUUGCUCAGCAGUUUGGGACUGAGUUCCAUCGUCCUGUAUAUGAUCCGGGUAUUUACUCUACUAUUCCCUGCCGCAAAUCUCCCCACUACCCUCUGAGCCACCUACCCCACCGUCUGCCCCAAGCGCAAGCGUGCUCCACCGAAGAAGGGUCACAAGGCCGGAAGCAGCCGGCGCGCGCCAAGAAGGAUGCUGCCGAGUCGGUGCCGGAGACUGCGUAG